UGCUGCUCGUGCGUCAUACGAUGGCAACUGAUUCUUUAGACCUUCGGCUCUGUCGGACUGGGUGCAGACCGAGUCGACCUUGUAUAGUGGUUACAGGUUCUCCGGGUUCUCCUGGAACAUCUCCACCCGCUUGUAUUAGCUGCAAGCUUUAAUCACACAACAACCGCACGCAAACAAACUUUCUUUGUUAAUUUUACGCACAGGUUCCCAAUUCGGACAUUUGAGAAUACCGCUGGUCCUUCCCUACCACAACCCGCGCGAUUUUCACAAAAACUUCAAGAGGGACCAUGCAAGUUUAUGUGGCUGUGAUAUUCGCGUAUGGAGUGUCGGCACUCAAUAUCACAGAGGAGAAGGCGACGUGUCCUCUUGGAUAUUUCCCCUGUGGCAACCUGACUGUGUGCCUCCCUCAGCUCCUGCACUGCAACGGCAUCAAUGACUGUGGAAAUCAAGCCGAUGAGGAGAACUGUGGGGAUAAUAACGGAUGGCCCCAUCUUUUCGACAAGUAUUUUGGAAUGCCCAGCUAUAACACUGGAACCAAGUCAAAUGCAUGCUUGCUGGGUGCUAUUCCUGAGCUCUGCCAAUGCCGAGACCUGGAGCUGGACUGUGACAGCACACAGCUUCAAGACAUCCCAGUGGUGGCGAUAAAUGUCACCAUGAUGUCCCUACAAAGGAACCGUCUUCAGAAACUGAAAGCAAACGCAUUCUUUAGGUACCAGAGCCUACAAAAACUAUAUCUCCAACACAACCGAAUUCAAGAUGUGAGUCCUCACGCAUUCAGAGGGUUGUAUAAUCUAACAAGACUAUAUCUGAGCUAUAACAAGAUAUCUGCCCUGAUGCCAGGGGUGUUCCAGGACCUGCACAAGCUGGAGUGGUUGAUCCUGGAAAAUAACAAUAUCCACGAAAUGUCCUCCAUGACCUUUUCAGGACUGAACUCCCUCGUUUUACUGGUUUUGUUGAACAACUCUUUGACAGAGCUGGAUGACAUCUGUCGGGAAAUGCCGAUAUUGAAUUGGCUGGAUUUGGAGGGAAAUCUAAUUGAAACCAUUGGAAAUGUCUCAUUCUGCUCGUGCAGUAUGCUGACAGUUCUUGUUUUACAGCAGAACAGGGUCAGCCAUAUACACGAACAGGCUUUCUCUGUCCUUCAAAAGCUUGGAGAAUUGGAUCUAUCCAACAACAAAUUGGUGGCGAUCCCUCCCAAUCUCUUUGUCUCGCUGGGGGAUUUGCUCCAACUGAAUAUAUCAUACAAUCCCAUCGUGGAGCUCCAAGUUGACCACUUUGACAAGUUGUAUAAAUUGAAGUCAUUGAGCAUAGAAGGGAUAGAAAUUGGAAACAUACAACGGAGGAUGUUUGAACCUCUCAAAUACUUGACUCAUAUCUACUUCAAGAAAUUCCAGUACUGUGGCUACGCUCCCCAUGUGCGCAGCUGCAAACCCAACACUGAUGGCAUCUCGUCCUUCGAGGACCUGCUGGCCAACAUCGUGCUGAGGGUCUUUGUGUGGGUGGUCUCUGCCACCACCUGCUUCGGCAACAUCUUUGUCAUCUGCAUGCGCUCUUACAUCCGAUCAGAGAACAAACUCCAUGCCAUGUGCAUCAUUUCUCUCUGCUGUGCGGACGGGCUGAUGGGCAUCUACCUUUUCAUGAUUGGUGCAUAUGAUUUGAAGUUCCGCGGCGAGUACAACCGACACGCUCAGGCCUGGAUGGACAGCAGUCAGUGUCAGGUCAUUGGCUCUUUGGCCAUGCUGUCCACUGAGGUAUCCGUCCUUCUCCUAACUUACCUCACUCUGGAGAAAUAUAUCUGCAUUGUCUACCCUUUCCAGUACUUGACGCCUGGCUGGCGACGAACUGUCACCAUUCUUCUUGGGAUAUGGGUGUUCGGCUUCAUUGUUGCCAUCCUGCCGCUGGUGUUCAAGGGGCUAUUUCGCAACUUCUAUGGGACCAAUGGAGUUUGCUUCCCACUGCACUCUGAGCAGCCAGAGACCCUUUGGGCUCAUGUUUACUCCAUCGUCAUUUUCCUGGGUCUGAACUUGGUGGCAUUUCUCAUCAUUGUCUUAGCCUAUGCAAGCAUGUUCUAUAACAUCCAGAGAACAGGGACUCAGACCACUAAAUACAGCAACCACAUCAAGAAAGAGGUGACCAUCGCCAAAAGAUUCUUCUCUAUCGUCAUCACUGACUCCCUUUGCUGGAUCCCCAUCUUCAUCCUCAAGAUCCUGUCACUGCUGCAGGUGGAGAUUCCCGGUACCAUCAGCUCCUGGGUGGUCAUAUUUAUUCUGCCCAUCAACAGCGCCCUUAACCCCAUCCUUUACACGUUGACCACACGGCCCUUCAAAGAGACCAUUCUGCAGGUAUGGGCUAACUACAGGCAAAGGAGGCCUCUGCUCAGCGGUCACCAAGCUCAUCAGCCGUCGCUCACCUGGCAGGAAACGUGGCCCCUGCAGGAGAACAGCCAUGGCCCCGCCACGGGCCAUCCGCUGGAAACGACAGGCACGAUAGUUAAGCUCACCCCUGUGGAAAAUACUAACGAGGGAUACAAUGACAUUACCACAUCCACACAGCAACUCCAGAAGCAAUAUACAGUGCUGUCAGUAUGCUCAAAGAAACAAGCACCCACCGCCCACACAUACACAAACAAAUGAUCUGGGUGUGGAAUAGCAGAUCUACAUGGAGCUGUUUGUGAUUUCAUCAAAACAUUACAUCAUCUGAUUAAAUGUAAUUCAAAUUCAUUCUUUUCAGCAAUUAAAAAUACACUGUUUAAAGGGACAGUCCUUGAUUUGUGCCCAUAUUUCUUAUUUGUACUAAAAAAAGCAUUAGUAUUCAUUAUUAUCAUUGGAAAUUCCACUGCAUGCAUGUCUUGCCUGUGCAGCAGCCAUCACAGCAGUGGAUUAAGUCAAAGUGUGGAUACCUUUACAUAGCAGUACAGCUCCUCUAAUAAAGACUACAUGUUAGCUCCAAAAAGAUAUCUAUCAAUACAGAGCAGAAGCCAUGCCCCACUUAUGGUUUGUCUUUUGUUUCACUAGCUUUCAUUGCUCAGUUUAAUUUCUCACAGAGGGCUUCUUUCAUAGAGAUAAAAGACAGAAUAAUUUCUUCAAAUCCAACAACUACAGCUCUCAUGUACCCUUUGACAGUGCCUCUGUGGCUAAGACUCAUUUAAUAGAUUGUUGUUGAAUGUUAAAAAAAAAAAUUAAUUGUUGAGUGUGUAAAUUAAUUUUUGACUUUGGAAACUGUAGUUUGACAACAACAAAAACAUAAAGAUUCACUUACCAGCUUGUUCCAGAGCUUUUUUGGCACAUCUUGUGGUCUUUCUCAUGGAGUUUAAAAAGAAAAAAAAGUAAGUGUUUAUAUCUACAGUAGAAUAUUUUUGUGUUUGUAAUAUGGACACAAUAAACCUUAUCAUGGUAUUAUAAUACCAAUAGCUGUAAAUCAGCCCAUGCUGGUGUGGCAGCCAGUGACAGUAAAGUGCAAUGCUGGUGUACCGAUGACACUAAUGCAAAGGGAUUGUAUGGGAGACACAUUGCAAAACACCACAGCAACGACAAGUUAUGUUCCAACGAUGUUCCUAAAAAUUUAGAAUUAUAAAUAGAAUAAUAAUUGUAGAUUAUGUAAACAUCAAAAACAGGAACCAAUAAGAUAGCAGCACACGAGGAAGUAAACAUAGAGAAUAUUUAAAGCUCUUUAUAGCCUAGUGCUCACUAUUUAUCUGAAUUACACUAAACUGAAAAGGACCACGACUGGUAUUUGUUUGUUUUUUAACUUUGCAGCAAGUUCAUUGUAGUUCUUAAUGCCUUUUUCCAGGCACUGAGCAAGGAUGUCUUAUGGGAACAUUAUGUGUCAGGGAAAACUGUAAAAUUUGCAGCUUGAGGCUUUGAAGCCUCAGUCACUGGACAGUUCUACUGAAGAAUAUUGUAGAGUGAAUCAACCCAGUUUUAUGCCUUUCUCUUUAUAAAAGGGAAUAGCCAUCAGUAUACAUUUCAUGCUGCUAGUUUAAUCUUGUAUUGAUAAUAAUACAUGCACCCUGUUUAUGUUUGGUAUUUAGUCCAUAAAAAUGUACUUUCUGUGUUGCCUCUGCCACCAAAAAUUAUCUUAUGGAAAUAUUGAAUGUAAUGUAUGAGAUAUGUCCAGUAUGAUUCACAAAGAAUGUACUUAAUUUGGGCAGAAUAGAUUUCCCCAGCUGGUCUGGGGGUUUAAACUUGGACUCAACCAACUACACCACACGACACAUAUUUUACACUGAUCUGUACAGUGAAGAUUUGUACAAUGACCAUAAACUCUUCUGUGCAUAUUUUGUUUAAUGAACUAAUGAUUCCUGUGGAAAUUGAUCUUUUCAGACAUUGUAAAUGUAGGAAUGUAUAGCAAACAUGCUAGAGAGUAAAUUAGUUAUUAGAAUAUGUGAAUUCAUAGUAUGUGCCAUUUGUGUCAACAUUACAUUCCCAUACGUGCUGAAAAGACUAAGAAGCCAGCAAUUUCUUUGAGAUAUAUUGAUAGUAUCUGCAGGCUUACAUUUAAUAUUGAUAGGUAUGUUUAAAUAUUUGUUGU